CACACGCACACACGCGCACACUUAUAUCGUUUUUGUUUUUCUUUUUCUUUUUUCAUUUCUUUUUCUUUCCUUGGUCUUAUCUGCGUGUGUGUAAAUGUAUUUAUAACUCGACAAUAGUGCUUUAUCUUCCCCCGUUUGAAAAUAUAGAAACAGUUAAAAAUAAUUAUUUUAAAUUCUUCAGCAAUAUCUCAAUAAUUUGAGAGACAUGGAAAGCCAAAAUAUUUUUUAUCUUUCAAUAGUCGUGGUACUCGACAGAGGAAAACAAAUAUAUAUGAUAACCGAGGGAUUAUAACUUCCCUGCGUGUAUUCCAAAGAGGAGGAAGUGGUUCUGAAGUUCCGCUGUUGUAUUCUAUUGUAUUAUGUUGUAUAUUGAAGGUUGCCUUUUUGUGUGUGUGUGUGUUUUGUUUUGUUUUGUUUUGUUUUGUGUCAGUUGCAGUUUAAGAGAGGGAAGGAUACAUAAUGAGAAUGAGUUAAGAAAAAAAAAAAGAGAAAGCAUGAGAUAAACACUAAAAAUGAGGAAAUAAAAGAGGGACAGAAACGAACCAACAUCUUAAAAAAAAAUAAUCUUGAAAACAAACAAACAAACAAAAGAAGAUAAAUGUUAAGAAUUCGCCAUAUAAGGACACGAAACGCCCGGCAUCACAAAGCCUUUGUCUCAACAUUCUAGAUAACCUUUAUCAGGCAGAGACGCACGGGAGAUAGACCAGCUUCACCGCGGAACCACCCCUAACCAUUCACUCUGGUCGUCGGCGCUCUCACGACCACAACGACCAGGAUGGAGCAGCACCAAGUAGUUCCCGAUGUUUUGGAUGAAGUCCCUCAGGAUGUCAUUCAGAUCAAAUACGGUGAGGUCGAGGUCAACAAUGGCAACGUAUUGACGCCCACGCAGGUCUUCUCCCCGCCCACCCACGUGAGCUGGCCGACGAAGGAGAAUGCGCUCUAUACACUUUGCAUGACAGACCCGGACGCCCCCAGCCGCCAGGAGCCGAAAUUCCGCGAGUUUCACCACUGGCUCGUCGUCAACAUCCCCGGCAGCGACUUAGCCCGCGGUGACGUCCUCUCUGGCUACGUGGGAUCUGGACCUCCCGAGGGCACAGGUUUGCAUCGGUAUGUGUUCAUUGUGUACGAACAGCCAGGCGCCCUUGAGUGCGACGAGCCAAUCAUCUCAAAGAACUCAGCCGACCACCGCCGCAGCUUCAGCAUCCGCAAAUUCGCCGCGAAGUACAACCUGCGUCUGUCUGCCGGAAACUUCUACCAGGCGGAGUACGACCCGACCACCGUCCUCGUCCACAAGCAGCUGGGGAUUCGCAAGUGAAGGUCCUUAUUAUGGAGUUAAGCCUCCUGUAAAUCCUCUUAAAGGGAAAGAAAAUUGGAACCUUCAUUAGAAUUUUUUUUUUUUUUUUACUUAUGUUACAGUUGUAAGGGGGGGGGGGAAAUCGUAAAUAAAACAGUUGGAAUCACCAA